CGACAGACAGGAUGUUUCUCCAGAGACGUGCCUCACCAAGAGAGUGACCUGGCUGGAAAUUCACAGUCCAGGAGCAGUGUCUCUGCAGAGGCGAGAGGCUUUCAAGCAAAUCAUGCAUUUUUUUCAUUUGUUUUUGUUGGUGGCAGCCCCAGAUGUUCUAGCUCUUCCCAAAUUCAUGAUUGAGUAUCUCAGCCCUCUUCUGGAAAAUGCUUCUGAGCACACCCGGGUUGCUGUGGUCACCGUGUCUGUCUCACCUCACACUUCUCUGGUUGGAGGCCCUGUGAUUAUUAAUGCAAAUCCUGUGGUCCAUCCAUUCAUGCUGUCUCAGAGAUCCACACACAUGUGGGAUUUAUUCACCACUGGAGUACCCAAGCUGGAUUUUGAGAGUGUGAUGCUUUAUUCCCUGAUAAUCUAUGCCAAAGACAGCCGAGGGGCAACAGCAUCCCAGACCAUGUUAAUCCAGAUAGUAGAUGUGAAUGAGCCGCCCACCUUCACCGGAUCUCUUGCCCCUGAAAACCAAGUUACUGAGAUUUAUAUCUUAGAAGACACUGCCCCGGGCACCAUCAUUUACCGAGCAACAGCCAAGGACCCAGAGGAUACUGCUUUGGAGUACUUCAUUUCCCCAGAGGGUUCUGGCUUCACAAUCGACAGCAUCGGGACCAUUUCUACAGCAUCCGGCUUUGACUUUGAGAGUGAAACCAGAAGUUUUUCACUCGUUAUUAAAGUGGUUGAUGCUGGAGGACUCUCUACCACUAGAAAUCUAAAGAUUUUCCUCAUCAAUGUCAACAAUAAGGACCCCAGUCUUACCUGCAGUUGGAGCAAGAUGUGCUGUGUCAUUGCAGAGCGCGGGACUGUGGUUACUGCCACCCGUCUGGAUGUGGAGAGAGCUGGGUUUGCAAGAGUUCAGUCCUUCUCCAUUAAGGCUUGUGAUGGUGACCAGAGAUGUGCAGCAAUUCCAGUGACGACCUAUGUUCGUGGCAUUAAUGACAACGCACCUUUCUGUGAUCGAUAUCUGAUUAGGUACACAGGCCAGGAGGUGAUUGCGAAAGACACCGUGGUUGCAAAACUCUCGUGUCAUGACCUCGAUGAGCCUCCUAAUGCAAUCCAUUACGCUCCAAGUGCAGGCCCAGUCGGUUCUGGACAACUCUUUGAGCAAGUGCCAAAGGCUGAACAUUCCAUCCGGGUUGCCCAAGAUUUGGAUUAUGAGAACCCAGAGGUGGUUGCCGCAGGACAUAUCUAUGAGAUGAUGAUUUCAGUAUUUGAUGACCUGCGUCCGUCCCACACAGUCACUGUAACAAUCAUCGUGGAGAUCACUCCUGCCAAUGACUUCAGCCCCGUGUUUGAAGCUGCACACUAUUCAUUCUCCGUUCUGGAAACGUCAGGAGCCUUCCACAAAGUUGGAAGAGUGACCGCCAUUGAUGAAGACUACCCACCCAACUGUCUGACCUACAAGAUAUCCAAGGGAGACAUCCAGGUGGUCCAGAGAUUUUGGAUUCACCCUCUCUCUGGAAUGAUCGAACUCACCACACAGCCGGACUAUGAGUCUGUGAAGCAAUAUAACCUCACCGUGGAAGCCGUGGACUGCGACACAGCUCAUCCUCGCACAGGAGUGACCACAUAUGAUUCUGAUUUUUCAAUUAUCCCUUUUAAAGGAAAUGAGAACCAUCACUUUGGGUUUGAUCCAAUUCGAGGUUCAAAUACUCCAAAACUGAUCGUGAAGAAUCCUUUUAAGUUUGAGUCUGGAGCUGAACCGCAGCGGCAAUACCAUCUUGUGGUGCACGUAAUUGAUGACAAUCUGAAAUACGGCAAAUCCAGCAAGCCCAGGACAGGCACUGCUAUUAUAGAUAUUUAUGUGACAAGAGCCAGUACGCCACCUCCCCCAACAAGUUCUGAACAAAGAAAAGGUCUGACCAUUGUGUACACAGCUAUCAACACAUACAAAUCCGAGGACUGGUACAUUCCUUUCAUCUUCACUCUGAUGGCUAUUUUCUUUGCUGGAUUGGUUUCCUGGGUGUGUUUUCUGCUUUGGAGAUAUGGAAACAUUAUGGAGUGCUGUCACUUAAUGACCAAAGAAGUCUCCAAGUCCAGAUCCAAACGAAUGAAGUAUAUUGCAGGGGAUAGUAAUCAGAAAGAAAAGGUCAUUACAGGAAGCAGAAGUAAAAAAUUAGAAGUGUUAACAGUAAGUGCAUUUUUGUGAUCCCUCUAUGGUUAAAAAAAAA